GGAUGAGGUUGCCGUGAAGGAGCAUUGUCAGUAGUAAACAGUUCGAAGUCGGUGGAACACGAGCGCACGUGCUUCAACGCAAACGAAAAGUUCACAGGCCAACUGUAUCAAAAAAGAAGCAAUAAAAUGCCUUCAACAGUAGAAGUACCGAAAAAUGAAAACAGGGAACGCGAAGAAAAGCCAAAUAUUGUGAACGAGCAUCUAGUGGUAAAUGGCUCGCCAAAAAUUGGUAUCUCGACACCCGUUCUCCUAGUACAAAAUGGUGCCUGUGGUGCUGAAGAUGAUGAGAAAAUAAGUGCAUGCGAAGCAGCAAAUAAACAGUUGAAGGAUAUUUUGCAAGAAUUCGAACACAGGCUUAAAUUGCUGAGAGUCAACGAUCAAGUAAGAGAGCUACAAACAACUCUUCGGGACAGGGAAACAACUCGAAGUGAGUUUAUUUUCUAUGCUGAUCGACUGAUCCGGCUCGUUGUUGAAGAGGGUUUAAAUCAAUUACCAUUUGAUGAGUGCUGUGUAAAAACACCAACAGGUGCAAGUUAUGUAGGGUUAAAGUUUAGAAGAGGGAUAUGUGGCGUGAGCAUUGUUAGAAGUGGAGAGGCAAUGGAAAAAGGGUUAAGAGAAUGCUGCAGAUCAAUAAGAAUCGGUAAAGUUUUAAUCAAGAGUGAGGAAGAAUCAGGAAAACAAGAGGUAUGUUACGCCAGAUUCCCACCAGACAUCGAUCAAAGAAGGGUCUUCCUGAUGUAUCCACUGCUAAACAGCGGAAAUACGGUGUCGGCUGCAGUUGAUGUUCUCGUGGAUUCUGGUGUCGAUGAAGAAAAGAUUAUUAUUCUUACAUUGUUUGCAACUUACCACGGAGUCACCAAUGUCUUAGGUAAAUACAAAAAGCUGAUUCUUUUGACGACAGAAGUAUAUAAUGAAGUGCCAACUCAGUUUGGAAGAAAAUACUUUGGAACUGAUUAGCAAAGGAACAUAUGCCUGUGCCAGGGAACAUAUGAAGCUUGGAUUCAUCCAGUAUUUAUUUAUUUGCAAUAUUGUUAUUGUUUAUCAUUAAAAUCAGAUUUUUACAAUAUUAUUUGUUUUGCUAAUGCAGAGUUUCUAAGCAAGGCUUGAAGGUGGACAGGCGAAAUAUAGUUAAUGCUUACGUUUAUAAGUAGCUUUUAGUAAUAAUCAAAAUUGAUAGUUAGAAUCUUUAAAUAUGGGUCUGCAUCUUGGUAUGACGUAAGUAAAAGUGACGAUCAAGAAACAUGAAGCUUUUCUUAGAAAUGAGAUGUGGUCGAAUAGAUUUUAUAAGGUCUUAAUGCAAAUAAGGGAACUUGAUUCAGAUACAUAUAAAUACAAAUAAAUAUGGUUUAUUGUACAAAUAGUAGAUCCAUGGAUUCUGGAUCCGCGUGGCCCUGUUCAAACGCAGUGUCGUGGCAUUGGAAGUUAACACGGUUUUACACAGUGUAACCCGUGGUUAGUUGUUGUUAUUGUAGAACGUGUUAUUUUAUCUGUUUACCAGGUAUAAUUGUUCUUGCUUCAAGGUUUGCGCUGAACGUAGAUGCAACAUUGGAAGUUAAAAAACGGUGUUACACAGUGUAACCCGUGGUUAGUUGUUGUUAUUGUAGAACGUGUUAUUGUAUCUGUUUACCAGGUAUAAUUGUUCUUGCUUCAAGGUUUGCGCUGAACGUAGAUGCAACAUUGGAAGUUAAAAAACGGUGUUACACAGUGUAACCCGUGGUUAGUUGUUGUUAUUGUAGAACGUGUUAUUGUAUCUGUUUACCAGGUAUAAUUGUUCUUGCUUCAAGGUUUGCGCUGAACGUAGAUGCAACAUGCAACUUUUGUGUGCGAUCUUGAUCACUUGCAUUUCGAUUUGUAGUUGCUUGUAUUGAUAUCCAUUACAGGAGAUUACGUAUAGCGGGCAUUUAGAACACGCAUGUCGUUAACCAAUGUACACGCAUGUACUUGGUUUUAGAAAAUUAUAACUAAUUCAAUAUGGUAUCAAAUAGUAAUCUUGUUUAGCGCUUUAACCUAUCAAUUUGCUUUAUUCGCGUAAACGCUUGUGACGUCAUUGGAUAUUUGCUCACCAUGCUUCGUGCUGCCAUA